AUGAAUACGCAAGACGAUAAGUGGCCACCUGUAUAUUACGCUCUACCUGAAAAUCAAAUCAGUUUCGAAGGGUUUUUAAUUAACCUUAGAGCAUAUGUAGCCGCUAUUGAUUGGACUGAACCGUGGCUUCCUAUAAAUACUCUUGCAAGUCAUUAUUGGAAUUACUUUGCAAGACAGAACUAUUUUGACAAGAAUGGAUUGUUUGUAACCGCCAUCUUUGCAUUUCCUGCGCUGUGUAAUAUCACUCUUGGAAUUUGCCUGAUAUUAAUAGAAGUCCUCCACCUUCUGAGACGCGUAAAAGUUGCUCAACUCAAACGAAAACGUACACAGACUCUGUCUAUUCAGUCAAAGGAAGAUAAAGAACAGCAUGAGCAGCCGUUGUCUGCUCAAGUGAAGAAGGAUCAGUAA